AUGGCGCUUAACCGACGAAAACUACCAUUCUGUCCACGGUCACAAAAAAUUGACACGUAUAAUAUGUUUGGUCAACAAGCAGCACAAACUACGCCUCAGUCAACUGUGAAUCCUAUGAACGAUUUUGAAGUUGUAUCACCUCCGGAUGAUUCGAUAUCAAGUUUGGCGUUCAGUCCAGCACACGUGUCUCAAAAUUUGCUUGUUGCUGGCUCUUGGGAUAGUCACGUCAGGUGCUGGGAAGUGGAAAAAACUGGAAAAACUGUUGCCAAGGCCAUGCAGAGCAUGACAGGACCUAUCCUGGACGUUUGUUGGAAAAUUGACAUGUAUAAUAUGUUUGGUCAACAAGCAGCACAAACUACGCCUCAGUCAACUGUGAAUCCUAUGAACGAUUUUGAAGUUGUAUCACCACCGGAUGAUUCGAUAUCAAGUUUGGCGUUCAGUCCAGCAUACGUGUCUCAAAAUUUACUUGUUGCUGGCUCUUGGGAUAGUCACGUCAGGUGCUGGGAAGUGGAAAAAACUGGAAAAACUGUUGCCAAGGCCAUGCAGAGCAUGACAGGACCUAUCCUGGACGUUUGUUGGAGUGAUGAUGGGACCAAAGUAUUUAUGGCAUCUUGUGAUCAAAUGGUCAAGUGCUGGGAUUUAGCUUCCAAUCAAUCGAUCCAAGUAGCUGCUCAUGAUGCCCCAGUGAAAACUUGUCAUUGGAUUAAGGGUUCAAGUUACUCAUGUUUGAUGACUGGUUCAUGGGACAAGACUUUAAAGUUUUGGGAUCUCAGAACGCCAACUCCAAUGCUUACGUUGAAUUUACCAGAAAAAUGUUACUGUGCAGCUGUUGAGUAUCCAAUAGCUGUUGUAGGCACAGCUGAAAGAUGGUUUUUAACCUAUAAGUUGGAAGGCCAACCAACUGAACUCAGCAGGAAAGAUUCCAUUGUAAAUUUUCAGAGCAGAUGCGUUGCCAUAUAUAGGGAUAAAAAAAAGGCUCCCACUAGUUACGCUGUGGGCACCGUAGCGGGUUGUGUCGGCAUUAAAUACUUAAACAGUCCCAAAGAUACUUUUAGAUACAAAUGCCACAGAUCACUUAAUGUUACGGGUAAAUUUCAGGAUAUUAAUAUGGUAAAUGACUUGGCGUUUCAUCCGGUUAACGGUACUUUGGCAACUGUUGGCGGUGAUGGGACAUUCGGUUUUUGGGAUAUAAAUGCUAGGACAAAAAUAAAAGUAUCAAAAACAAUGGGGAAACCUAUCACUAGUUGCUGUUUUGAUCGCAACGGGGAAUUUUUUGCUUACUCUGUCUCCUAUGAUUGGUCCAAGGGUCAUGAGCAUUAUAAUCCGAAAAUGACGAAUCAUAUCUUUCUUAGAUCUUGUUCUGAAGAUUUGAAACUGAAAUGA